GCGGCGCGGGGAGCUGUCCUCGCGGAUGUAGUUCUGAAACAAGAUGGCUGUGCGCGCAAAAGGAGUGGAGGAGAGCGACUAAAGCAAUGCAUUACAGGGAAAGAGAUAUUAAAUGAGCUGAUUGUUUUUUGUAAUUAUCGGGGCCAGAAUUGUGUAUUGGCUACCCGGACGAGAGGAAGAGGAAAGGGACCGAGAACCCAACAAAUCACGGAGGACCGUUGGACUCAGUAGCGGACAGGGGACGUUCACGCCACUAUCAGCGAUGUCCCUGUUAUGUGUGGGAGUAAAGAAAGCCAAGCUGGAUGGACCCCAAGAGAAGUUCAACACCUACGUGACUCUGAAAGUACAGAAUGUGAAGAGCACCACCAUCGCUGUCAGGGGCAACCUGCCCAGCUGGGAGCAGGACUUCAUGUUCGAGAUCAACCGCCUGGACCUGGGUCUGACGGUGGAGGUAUGGAACAAAGGCUUGAUCUGGGACACCAUGGUGGGCACCGUGUGGGUGCCCCUCCACAACAUCAGUCAGUCCAACGAGGAGGGCCCUGGGGAAUGGCUGAGUCUGGACUCCCAGGUCAUCAUGGCUGAUAACGAGAUCUGCGGCACCAAGGACCCCACCCUCCACCUGGUUCUGCUGGACACGCGCUUCGAGAUGCCUUUGGACAUCCCAGAGGACGAGGCGCGCUACUGGGCCAAGAAACUGGAACAAAUAAACGCAAUGAGGGACCAGGAUCAGAUCUCCUUCCAGGAAGAUCAGGAGCGCCCACUUCCUGUCCCCGGGACGCAGUGCUGCAACUGGAGCUUAUGGGGAGAGCAGCAGCCGGAGGACGCAGACAGUGCGGUGGAUGACAGGGACAGCGAUUACCGUAGUGAGACCAGCAACAGCAUCCCUCCUCCUUACUACACAACGUCCCAGCCCAACGCCUCGGUCCACCAGUACCCCAUCAGCCAGCAGCACCGCAGCUCCAGGACAUCCUCCCAGCCUCGCACAGCCACCGGCCCCGACGCAGAGUACAACCACCAGAGGACUGUCAGCCCCGCUGGCAGCUAUGCAUCGUCUGCAGAGCUGAGCCACUGCAGCAGCCAGUUGAGCGAGGAGGACUACGGGGGGGAGUACGGCGAGAGGGACCCCUACGACGAGAACGACUCCUACCACUCCUGCCACUCCUCCGUCAGCUACAGCAAGGGCUCUCCGGACUGGGACCCCGACGAGACCCAGGGCGUGUACAGCGACGAGGGGGGCUACAGCAAGGACGGGGGGGAGGAGGGGGCACUGUACGAGGAGGAUGACGGGGGUCUGUACGAGGGCGAGGAGGAGGGCCUCUACGAGGACGAGGAGGUGCUGUACGACGACGAGGACCUCUACAACCUGGACGCCACGCUCAGCGAGGACAUGGAGCCGCCCUUCACGCCCACCCCCACGUCCACCGCUCCCCAGACACUGGACGCGCCGAGCUCCAGGCCCCCCCUGGAGAAGCAGCCCACCCUCCACCAACAGCAGCCCGCCGCCCUGCCGCCCAACCAGGCCCCCAGCCAGGCCCACCCUCAGGGCCCGGCGGCGGGGCAGCCCCACGCGCCCGGGCAGGCCGGCCCCGCCCAGGCCGGCCCCGCCCAGCUCCCUAAACCCACCCAGCCCCAGCCGCAGCCACAGGCGGCUCCGUCCGCCACGUCCUUCUUCUCCAUGGCCAAUCCCCUGACGGCCGCGGUCAGCGGCCUCGCCUCCACCUUCCUGUCCUCCGUCCCCAGCACCCACCCUGCCCAGGCUCACCCCCCUGCGGCGGGUCCAGCCCCGCAGCCUGCCACCGCCACCGUCGUGCCUCCCUCACACCCGGCCGCCAAGGGUCCCCCGGGCUCCCAGCCCCACCCCACCUCCAACACCACCACCACCCCCAACGCCAUGGGCCCUACUGCCACCAUGCCCCCUCAGGCCCAGCCGGGUGGAGCCACCCCCAACAGGCAGUCAGCCGCCUACGAAGACCUGGCCCCCCUCCCGGAAGAAGAGUUCAGGCUAGAUGAGGAGGAGCUGGCGGAGCUGGAGGCCAGGACCCCCCCCACCCAGCUGGAGGUGGAAUUGGAGGAGAUGGAGCAGCGUCUGGAGGACAGCCCACCCCCCUCGCCGCUAGAGGAGGACGAGAUGAUCCUAGAAAGCCCCAUACUGCCAGAGGAGCCCAAAGAGCCAGUAGACCCAGCUGUCAGAGCCAAGGAGAACUGGCUAAGGAUCUAUAACAAGGUUCUGGCCCAGAUUCGGGAGGCUCGAGGCGAGCCGACCGCCUCGCUGUGGUUUGGUAAAGGAGGAGUGGGAGGAGCUCUCUACAGCAUUGACAGCAUGCCUGACCUCCGCAAGAGGAAAGCCAUCCCUCUGGUCAGAGAUCUGGCCAUGUCUUUGGCCCAGAACAACCGCAAGGCUGGCAUCACCUCCGCCAUGGCCUCCACCACGCUAGGCAACGAGGAGCUGAAGAGCCACGUGUACAAGAAGACCCUGCAGGCCCUCAUCUACCCCAUCUCCUCCACCACGCCGCACAACUUCGAGGUGUGGACGGCCACCACGCCCACCUACUGCUACGAGUGCGAGGGGCUGCUGUGGGGCAUCGCGCGCCAGGGCAUGCGCUGCUCCGAGUGCGGGGUCAAAUGCCACGACAAGUGCCAGGACCUGCUCAACGCCGACUGCCUGCAGAGGGCUGCGGAGAAGAGCUCCAAGCACGGGGCGGAGGACCGGACGCAGAACAUCAUCAUGGUCCUGAAGGACCGCAUGAAGAUCCGCGAGAGGAACAAGCCCGAGAUCUUCGAGCAGAUCCAGGAGGUGUUCGCUCUGGACAAGUCCACCCACGGCACCCAGAUGAAGCAGAUCAAGCAGAGCGUGCUGGACGGCACCUCCAAGUGGUCGGCCAAGAUCAGCAUCACCGUGGUGUGUGCGCAGGGCCUGCAGGCUAAGGACAAAACAGGCUCCAGUGACCCAUAUGUAACGGUCCAAGUGGGUAAAACCAAGAAGAGGACCAAGACCAUCUAUGGGAACCUCAACCCUGUCUGGGAGGAGAACUUCCACUUUGAGUGCCACAACUCCUCCGACCGGAUCAAGGUGCGCGUGUGGGACGAGGACGACGACAUCAAGUCCCGCGUGAAGCAGAGGUUCAAGAGAGAGAGCGAUGACUUCCUGGGCCAAACCAUCAUUGAGGUCCGGACGCUCAGUGGGGAGAUGGACGUUUGGUACAACCUGGACAAGCGGACGGAUAAGUCUGCUGUGUCGGGGGCCAUUCGGAUGCACAUCAGCGUGGAGAUCAAGGGCGAGGAGACGGUGGCUCCCUACCACGUUCAGUACACCUGUCUACAUGAGCACUUGUUCCAGUACACCACCGAGGAGCAGAACGGGGGCGUGGUGAAGAUCCCUGACGCCAAGGGCGACGACGCCUGGAAGGUCUACUUUGAGGAGACGGCCCAGGAGAUCGUGGACGAGUUCGCCAUGCGCUACGGCGUGGAGUCCAUCUACCAGGCCAUGACUCACUUUGCCUGCCUGUCAUCUAAGUACAUGUGCCCCGGGGUGCCGGCUGUGAUGAGCACCCUGCUGGCCAACAUCAACGCCUACUACGCCCACACCACCCAGUCCUCCAACAACGUCUCCGCCUCGGACAGAUUCGCCGCCUCCAACUUUGGUAAGGAGAGGUUUGUGAAACUACUGGACCAGCUGCACAACUCCCUGAGGAUCGAUCUGUCCAUGUACCGGAACAACUUCCCAGCCAGUAGUCCUGAGCGGCUACAGGACCUCAAGUCCACCGUGGACCUGCUGACCAGCAUCACCUUCUUCAGGAUGAAAGUCCAAGAGCUGCAGAGCCCUCCCCGGGCCAGCCAGGUGGUUAAAGACUGUGUGAAGGCCUGCCUCAACUCCACCUACGAGUACAUCUUCAACAACUGCCACGAUCUGUACAACCGAGAGUACCAGUCCGACCCGGCAAAACCUGUGCCCCCAGAUGAGCAGGGUCCAAACAUCAAGAACCUGGACUUCUGGUCCAAACUCAUCACCCUCAUCGUCUCCAUCAUCGAAGAGGACAAGAACUCCUACACGCACUGUCUCAACCAGUUUCCACAGGAACUGAAUGUCGGCAAGAUCAGCGCCGAGGUCAUGUGGAAUAUGUUCGCACAAGACAUGAGAUACGCCAUGGAGGAGCAUGAGAAGCACCGGCUGUGCAAGAGUGCAGAUUAUAUGAACCUGCACUUCAAAGUGAAGUGGCUGUACAACGAGUACUGCAAGGAGCUGGUCACCUUCCAGAAGCACGUGCCUGAGUACCCCGCCUGGUUCGAGCCGUUCGUGGUCAUGUGGUUGGAAGAAAACGAGGAGGUGUCCCGAGAUUUCCUCCACGGUGCCCUGGAGAGAGACAAGAAAGACGGGUUCCAGGUGACGUCGGAGCACGCCCUGUUCUCCUGCUCCGUGGUGGACGUGUUCUCCCAGCUCAACCAGAGCUUCGAGAUCAUCCGCAAGCUCGAGUGUCCAGACCCUCAGAUCGUUGGUAACUACAUGAGGCGGUUUGCCAAGACCAUUGGGAACGUGCUGCUGUCCUAUGCUGACAUCAUCUCAAAAGACUUCCACAAUCACGUCAACAAGGAGAAAGUGCCCUGCAUCAUCAUCAACAACAUCCAGCAGCUCAGAGUUCAACUGGAGAAGAUGUUCGAGGCCAUGGGAGGCAAAGAUCUGAAUCUGGAGGCCAGCGACUUCCUGAAGGAGCUGCAGAACAAGCUGAACGUCGUCAUGGACGACCUCAGCCACAUCUUCGCCAUCAGCUUCCAGCCCCAGAUUGAGGACAACGUGCGGCAGAUGGGGGACAUCCUGGCCCAGGUCAAAGGUCAGACAGUGCCAGCCAACGGCAACGUUAUCCAGGAGGCUGACAAUGUCCUCCAACCCAUCAUGGAUUUCCUGGACACCAACCUCUCACUGUUUGCUAAGAUCUGUGAGAAGACGGUGUUGAAGCGCGUGCUGAAGGAGCUGUGGAAGCUGGUGAUGAACACCAUGGAGAAGACCGUUGUGCUUCCCACACUCACCGAUCAGACGGGCACACAGAUGAUCUUCAACGCAGCCAAGGAGCUGGGACAGUUGUCCAAGCUCAAGGAGCACAUGGGGCGAGAGGAGGCGAAGGCUCUGAGCCCCAAACAGUGUGCGGUGAUAGAGCUGGCUCUGGACACCAUUAAGCAAUACUUCCAUGCGGGCGGUGUGGGCCUGAAGAAGACGUUCCUAGAGAAGAGUCCCGACCUGCAGUCCCUACGCUACGCCCUCUCCCUCUACACCCAGGCCACGGACAAGCUCAUCAGGAAGUUUGUCCUCUCACAGGGAGCUCAGGUCCAUUCAGGGAAGGGGAUGAGGUUCACGGCCAAUGAAGACACUGCGCCAGAGAAAGCCUCAGGGGUGGACGCCGUGGGCGAGGUGCUCAUGCAGGUGGACGUCCAGCCGCAGCCCAACGGAGAGUACAAGAUCAACGUCAAAGUGGUGUCUGCUAACGACCUCAAGUGGAAGGCGCAGGGCUUCCGGCCCUUCGUGGAGGUGUACAUCAUCGGACCGCACCUCAGCGACAAGAAGAGGAAGUUCGCCACCAAGUCCAAGAACAACGCCUGGUCGCCCAAGUUCAGCGAGAGCUUCCAGUACUCCCUGGGCACGGAGGUGGGGCCCGAGAGCUACGAGCUGCAGGUGUGCGUGAAGGACUACUGCUUCGCCCGCGAGGACCGCACGGUGGGCGUGGCCGUGCUGCAGGUGAAGGAGGUGGCCAGCAGGGGCAGCGUGGCGUGCUGGCUGCCGCUGGGCCACCGCGUGCACAUGGACGAGACGGGCCUGACCGUGCUGCGCAUCCUGUCGCAGCGCAACAACGACGAGGUGGCCAAGGAGUUCGUCAAGCUGAAGUCGGACCAGCGCUCGGCCGAGGAGGGCCGCAGUUGAGGGGGGGACCGGGGGGGAGGGGGGAGGAAGUCAGGGAUCGCGGGGGAGUGUGGGGGUGGUGCGGGAAAAUAAAUAAAUGAGGUGUGCACAAAAAAAAGACAUUUGAGGACAAAAUCCCGCCGAUUGGUUUGGGAGUAUGCAUCUAUGCAAGGGCGUACAUUUACGUGUUGAGUGGGGGGGGGGGUUGUUACACCACCCACCCACCCACAGACAAACCCUCCCCCUCGACCCCCCCCCCCCUCUCCCGCCCACAAACAAAAAUGUCAUGAGGGCGGAGUCAAUCAUGUAGAACACCUUCCACACAGCGUUCUCUUGAGUGGAAGAUGAGUCCCUGAUGCCCCCUUGAUUUACAGAUGACCGCCCUUGCACUGAUGUAUACCCUGAUGUAUGCACUGCCACCACACAUUCACAAAGGUGACGACCGCGGUUGCAAUACACACACACACACACGCGCGCGAGACAACGCUAUAGUGUACAAAGUCUAUCUGCAUACAUUAUGCAACAAACCCACUCGCAGUGUUCUCACAGGAACGCGCAGAGAGACAGAUAAGCAUCACAUGUUCCCUCCUCUUUGAGUUAGUGCUAGUUAGCCAUAGAUCAGCGAGCACCUGUCCAUAUGCACCCAAUCCUACACAAAAACAAACGCACACACAAGCGUCAUUAUAUCAUACCCUAACUUUUAUAAGCUGUACAUUUUCAACAAUGAUGUAUUAUAAUAAAAGACGAUCGAGACAACGCACCACAUUCAUAGUUUGAUAAAGACUACUUUGCACUUUUGCUUCUCUGACUCCGUAAGCGGACUCAGUACUUAACUAGCUAUGCUGUGUCUAUACGUCUGUCUGUCUGCCUGUCUGCCCCAGACUGAUGGCUUCCCAUAAGUCUUCCUCUCUGCCUCUCUCUUACUCUCUCUCUCUCUCAUUGUGCCGCUCGCGUUCUCUUGCGCUCUGCCACUCUGAAUCUCUCUCAGCAUCACUCUCUAUCUGUCUCUCUCACUCUGCCUCUUUCUCUCUGUCUCUCUCAAUCCCAUCUCCCCCCCCCCCCCCCUCUCUCUCUCACUCUCUGCAUCCAUCCAACAUGUCUUUCUGUUGCUUGGUCAUUCCCCGGUGUGCUGGGGUGGUCGUGUACCGGUUGGCAUCAUAAGGACACACAUUCCCAGAUCCCCUUCCCCACUCCCCCUGAACUGUACAAUAAACAUCUACAGAGCGGACACCCUACACCCCCCCUGUGACCCCCGCACCAGUCCUGUGCCACUCCCCGCCUGCAUGUUGAUCCCAAGAACACUGUGAUUCACUGGCCAACACCGGGCCACCGAUGUACAGACUCGCCGCCGCCGCGGUCACUCUCGCCGGGAGCCCCUCGUGUUCGUGUACAUUGUGCAUAUAUUCACUCGCUAUAACAGGAGGUGUACUAGCAACGCUAUAGCCUUCACAGCCAUGGAUCAACAAGGCAGGGGAACAGUGGUCUGGGGUGCAAUGUUUUACACUUAGUCGGUGGGAGGUAACGUAGAGAGGUUUAUGUUACGGCCAUAUUGUGUAUAUAGACAGAUUCUUUGGUGGGCCCUUUCUUUUUUUUCUUUUUAAGCCAACAGAGCAAUAUCACAGAGUGCCCCUAAACGACGCCAUCCCCCUUGCUUGCUGCCAUCCUCUAUUGCCCCCCUGAAUGCACAUUUUCCUCAAAAGGGCUACUACAGAAUCAGUAGACUUGAUGUCCGACGCCACCCGCUGGUUUACACUGAUCAUGGUUACGGUUGGAAAAUCACUGCAAAAUGUUGUCGCUGUGUGUCCUCCUUGAAACGCUACCUUUAUCGAGAUAUACGAAAACACAUUGACCGUCUGCAGACGAUAAAAGAGUUUGGCCAAGCGACUCAAAUGAGUGGUGGCAAGAAAGCCUUUUGUAGAAAUAUUAACAUUUGCCGAUGGUAAACAUUGGGGGAAUUCUGCGAGGGGGUGUUUUGGCUGUGGCCCUUCAGUUCCUGGGCUCAGGGCCAGUGUUCGUGCGCCAACAAGCGGGGGCGUCCACCAACACAAGCAAUACAGAGAUACUAGCCCGACUAAUGCUUUCUGGAGGGACACAUCAAAUGUGUUGUUUGUCCUGAAAACUGUCUCCACUCUCCCAAAUCUAAAGCCACUUCUCAAGGCAAUAGCUGCAUUUGUCUGUAAGUUCACCCAAGCUGUCGAGCCAAUCCUCUGUGAGAAUUGUUGUGUUGUUUGACAUUGAGUGUGUGUGUGUGUGUUUGUGUGUAUAUAGGGCUGAUUGUAAAAUAUGUGAGGGAAAAAAAUGGCUCUGAGAUUGGGAGCAAUAUAUGGUACUUACGUAAACAAGUGUAUGCUACGCCUAUGGAGUAUCAACUGCAAUAUUCAGAUCCGUGAGAACUUUUUUAGAUUGGUUUUGGUUCAAACGUUUUUUCUUCCAUGAACGGGUUGACUUCACAUUCCUGCAGUAUUUUUGUCAGCCCGUUUCAUUUCAGAGGUACGGGCCCAUAUCUUAGAUGAUCAGAUCUUAGCUUUUUUAAUCACCAAGCUGGAGUGGACCAGAACUUCUUACUGAAUUAUAUUUAGAGAAAGGAGAGAAAUAAAAUAACCCCUUAUCCUUGCAUCUUAUUAUGCACAGUGGUGAAACACGACCCACUGCGUCAAUGAAGUGAACCAAACUGCAUUGUUUUUAACUCCAUCUUAGCACCUAUUCAAAAAGAUAUGUUAUGAGACAAUUGAGGUGUGCAACGGUGCAUUGUGUUUAAAGUAUUCAUCCGUUGGAAAAUGUUUUUCUUUUGUUUUAACUGUACACAAAUAGAGUAGUAGUGUCUAAACUUCACUGAACUAAGUUGGGUUUGGACUGCUAGGCUUUGUUGUACCUUUGGCUCACUGAAAACUGUUGAGUUUGACCAAAUAACCAAGGAUGAAUGUUGGUGAGUCUUUUCUCUCAGAUCUGAAAGAGGUCCCCACUCAGAGAUCUCUAGCCAUGCCGUAGUCACAUGGGUCUUACGUUUGUACAAUUCUGGGUUUUCUGGCAGAUGAACCGGCCCUUUAAGUGGAUGAAACGGGUUCAUGUUCCUCUAACAUUGAAAACUCCAGGACAUUCUCCACCCACCCAUGAUGAGCAGACGUACCGUCUCAAAACAAUCCCACCAUGUCAUCUGAGUUCCCCAAGAGGCACACUCUGUUUUGUUUUGUACAAACCAAAUUAAAUGUCAAAACCCCAUGAUUCAAUCUCAACCCUCAUAGGCCUAUUGCAUACGUGGACCACUGCACAGGCCACGGCAAUCACACACGUGCGUGUGCACACGCACACAUACACACACCAAUCUUUAUUCAAGCACAAAAGGGCACAUGUAAGACCAGACGCAUGCAUGCCGCAUGCCGACUCAUCUCUGAGCCCAUGCAGCGACGCCCACCCUGUGAAUAGAAAUAAUUACAACUGCAUGACGGUGAGUCUUUAUUGUGCCAGCACGUGUCUCUUUGAUGUUACAAGUCCCGUUUGUCCAGUUUCUUUUUUUAAGAUUCAAAGACUAUGUAUUGACUACUCAUUGAACUUUAUUUUUUAACAGCUUGUGUAUACAUCUGCAACCAAUAUGAAUGUAGUGAGAACACAGAAUUUGCAUGAGAGAGUUAUUUUCUACCGAGAUUGUUUCUUAUCAUUAAUUGUACUAAAUGAGGAAUACGUGGAGCUGGAAUGCAGCCUGAUUGUGACCGGCUUCCUAAUAAAAGGACAUAUCUGCCACAAA